AUGGCACUCAGCAUCGACCAGAAGCGCCUCAAGGCCACCAAAUUUCCGCCAGAGUUCGACAAGAAGGUGGAUAUCGAGAAGGUCAACAUUGAUUUGAUUAAGAAGUGGAUUGCUGGUAGGAUCACGAACAUCCUUGGCGACGAAGACGAUAUUGUGGUGGAGACAUGCUACAAUUUAGUUGAGCAGAACCAAUCUCCAAAAAUCAAGGAAAUACAAAUCCAACUCACGGGCUUCCUGGGAAAAGACACAGCACCUUUCUGCAAGGAGUUAUGGAACCUCAUGCUCAGUGCCCAGGACAGUCCAGUGGGCGUACCUCGGGAGUUACUGGAGGCGAAGAAGGCUGAACUGCAGCAGGAGCAGCUGUCCAAAGCCGCCGCCGAUGCAAGACGCGCCGAAGAGCAAGCUCAAAAUGCUAUGAUUGACGCUUUCCGCGACACUGAGCGUUCAGAUCGACCUGAACGCGGCCGUGGUGGAGGCGGACGAUACCGUGGCAAUGAUCGCAGGGGACGAGGCAGAGACUUCGACAGAGGGCCUCCCAGGCGCGAUUCGCGAUCACCACCAAGACGAAGAUUCUCCCCACCAACUCGCGAGCGCGAUGUUUACAUACCUGGAGGAGGACGGGGUCGAGGACGUGGAGGUCGUCGCGACAGAUCUCGCGAGCGCCGCCGCUCUCCUUCGGGCGGUCGCUCUGCAUCUCCACCUCGCCGCGUCGAGUGCGCCGCUCGCCAUCAUCUGACCGCUCAAGAUCGCCCCCUCGCCGCACGCGACGCCGAUCGCCUUCUCGAAGCAAGUCUCCAGCCCCGAGAAGGCGCAGAGACAGGUCGUGGUCUCCUAGUCACGACACUGCGAGACUACCCAGGCAUACUUCACGUUCCAAAUCCCCACGUGUCAAAUCGAGCUCACCAGCGCCCAGGCUGCGAUCACGAACCCCACCGCGCCGUCGCCGUCGCUCUCCAAGUAGUUCACGAUCUGUAA